AUGACCACCAAAAUUUUGUUGCAACGUUUGCAAUAUUCAGCUGAAAAUAGCGAAUUGAAGGGUCGUGGUCGUGGCUGUUUGAUGCCACAACUCGUCGACAUCGCCACUCAGAUUGCUUCUGGAAUGAAGUAUUUGGAAGAUAAAAAUUUCAUACAUCGUGAUCUGGCGGCCAGAAAUAUUCUCAUGUCGCAUUCGUUGUCAGUUAAAAUCGCCGAUUUCGGUCUGGCACGUUUGAUGCGAGAACAUGAAUACGAGGCGCGUGUGGGUGCACGUUUCCCUAUCAAAUGGACAGCGCCCGAGGCGGCCAAUUAUAACCGUUUCACUAUCAAGUCCGACGUCUGGAGCUAUGGAAUACUCCUCAUAGAGCUGGUCACAUACGGGCGAUUACCAUAUCCAGGUAUGACGAAUGCGGAGGUUUUGCAACAAGUGGAGAAUGGCUACCGUAUGCCGUGCCCACCGGGCUGUCCGGCUGCGUUGUACGAUAUAAUGUUGCAGUGUUGGCAGAAAGAACCCGAGAAGAGACCCACAUUCGACACGCUUCAGUGGAAACUGGAGGAUUUAUUCGCAUCCGAUCCAAGUGAAUACAAAGAAGCCAUUAUCGCGUUUUGA